ACUCCGGAUUGCGAGAUGCUGUAAUGCCUUCUGCAGGCUUGUGCAGUCCUGUUAUCCUCAGCUUUCCUUCCUUUUCCUCCUCCUGCUGUGCACGUUGAGGUCCCCAGCCCCUUCCCCACCCUCCCCUUCAGCGCCACUGUUAUGAUGAUGACGGCUCUGCUGAAUUAUGCUGAACGAGACCAGCCCUGCGCCAGUUAAAAUGUGGGGCGCUUGGUGGGACAUGCAGCGAGCCGAAACGUCCCGUAAAACUGGCAGAGGGGGACGUCAAUAUAAUUAACAGCAAUAAUGCGAGAAAAAUAAGCCAGAAGAGCGCUGCUCUCGCUGCCAGGGGUUGAGAGCUAAGUUUUCCCACUAGAUGGGGUCUUGGAUCUCUCUUGGCUGAAAAGAAAAUUGGCAGCCCCUCCAGAACACCCCCAGUGAGCAAAGAGAUUCACUCCUCACGCCUCCUUGCACGCCAGGAUCCUUCAAGACCCCAGACUCGUAGAGAAUGGACCAUUCUGUGAAUGGCACCCUAGCCGAGAAGCACAGCCCCAUAGAUUACGGAGUCCAGAUCCGGUUCAUCGAUGACCUGAAGGAGCCCAGGAAAUCCCAGAAAGUCCGCACCAAGGCAGCCAAGCCGGGUUCCUAUGGCGUCGCGGUGCGAGUACAGGGUAUCGACGGUCAACCUUUCGUGGUCCUGAACAGCGGCGAAAAAGGAGGCGAUUCCUUCGGGGUACAAAUCAAAGGAGGAAACAAAUAUGAAAGGCCGGCUCAGAACCAGACUUUUGAGGAGGCUUUUCCAGGCUCUUCCAGGGCAGGGUCUUCAUCCAAGGACAUUUCGGGGUCCAUCAGCUCCGACUCGGAUGUUCCCGAAAAUCCUUACGGGGUGAAACCUUCUCGAUACGGGUCUCAGUACAGCACCUCGGAUGAGGAACCGGGUCUCCAACGUGUGCCCCAAGCGGAUAGCUUGGAUGGGAUUCGCGUGUCUCGUAGCAACCAUGCCUCUGCUCCCCAUAGCGGCUAUCGGACCCUGCCCCACAAAAAAUCCAUGGGGCAGCAGCACCUGCGGCGCACUCAGUCUCACAGUUCUUUGCUUGAUCCUGAGCCGAACGAUCCUCAAGAGACGAGCCACUCUCGAACUCAUAACUCAGGCUAUAGUUCCCAGACCUCCCCUUCAGGCAUCCCAGAAAGGGGUUCCAGUGCGCGUAAUCCCUCUCCUCACAGGCUCCCCAACCUUAGGGAACCCACAACCACCAACUUCUCUGGUUUGCGACCUGUCCCCAAGUCCGUGUCCUCGGACACGGGCUUGCCUGAGCCGACCCAACCGAUCCGGACCAACAACGGCGACAUCGACACAAAGCCUCUGUCCUCCGUGGACUCCUUGAUCCACAAAUUUGAUGGAAAGGCUCCCCCGAGGGGCCGAACUUCCCGCAGGACCCGGGUCUCCCCCGAGAGCCAUCAGCGCUCGCGGAGCCUCGACGGAAAGGGUGCUUACCGCGAUACAGCUGACGACCGAGAACGAGAGAUCGACGGGCAUCAUCGUCCAGGACAUUUCAAAGAGGUAGCACAAUCCUCGGCGACUAAGCCGCUCGUUUCAGCCAACGCCCCGGGCAGCCAGGGAGCCUCCGGUCAAGCGAUGAAGGAGAAGGAAGUGGACAAGUCUAAGAUGAUCCAGGAUUGGGUCAACAAGAGUCUGGAGGAACCUGGGACGGAAAAACAGACGAGAAAAAUCCAGUCUGAUUUGCAGCUGAAGUCCACCCCAGACCUUCUGAGGGAUCAGCAGGAAGUGGGCCAGCCGGGAAGCAGCAAAUACACCAAGGAGCUCAUCUACAGCAUCCUGAAGGACAGGAGCAACGAAAGUGAUGCCAUGGCAAAGCGCAAAACCAACCUGAUCUUCGAGAAAAUCCAGGCGUUUGCGGCUGUUCCUUCAUCGGAGCUGAGAGGGUCCGGUGCGGAGACGACCAAACCGAAGCCCAGUGUGGAAGAACCGGACAGCCAGACCAAGGCGGCCCAGGGAGUCCCUCGCCACCUUCAAAUCCGGCUGCGGGAACUGGAGGAAGAAUGCCAGCGACUCCGGGAAGCUUUUGAGAAGAAGAGCCAGGAGCUCCAGAGCACGGGGAAAGAGUUGAGAGACGUCCGAGAGGUCAAGGAGCAGCUGGAAGCCAAGCUGACCGACCUUGAAGACCAACUGACCGAGAUGCAGAAGGCCCUGGACCGCUUUCAAGAGCUCUCCUCGGGCAGGCCGGAUCAGGAGGUCUUGUUGAAGGAGCUUCUGGAGACCCGCGAAGACCUGGAGGAGAUCUUGACCGCCAAGCAGAAGCAGGAAGACCAGCUACGCCAGAGGGAACGCGAGUUGACGGCUCUGAAGGGGGCCCUGAAGGAGGAGGUGGCCAGCCAUGACAAGGAGCUGGAUCGGGUCCGGCAACAGUACCAGCAGGACAUGGAGCAGUUGAGACGCAACAUGGAGGACGUGUCUCAGGAUCAAGCCAGCCUGGAGGCCGAGAGACAGAAGGUCAACUCUCUAGUGAGGACCCUCCAGACGGAGCUUCAAGAGAGUCAAGAGGAGGCUGCUCACUGGAAGGAGGUGUCCCAACGGAACAAGGAGGAGCUCCGUAGUGUCAAACAAGAGCUGAUGCAGGUCAAGGUGGAACGGGAGGAGUUUGAGGAAGACCUGAAGGAGAGCCGCGAGCGUUUUGCAGCCGUGCGGAAAGAGAUGGACCAGAUCCGGAACCGUUCUACGGACGCCGAGGGGCUCCAUGAGCUAAGAAAGGAGCUCCGUCAGGCUCGGGAACAGCUGCAGGACAUGGUGGAGGAGAAGGAGGACCAACACAAGGUCCUACUCUUGCGGGAGAGUGAGAUUGUGGACCUGAAGGAAAAACUCAAAGACGAGGUUGCUUCCUAUAGCCAGGACAUUCAGGGGUUAAACUUGAGGUACCAAGAGAAGAUGCAGCAGCUCCAGAAGGACUAUGAGGAAGCGUUUAAGACCAAGGCGGCCUUGGAAGGCGAGAAAGAGGCCAUGGAGCAGACAAGGAAACUGGUGGAGUCCACCCUGCGGGAAAGCCAAGAAGAGAACGAUGACCUCCGCCGUAAGAUCUUGGGGUUGGAGACCCAACUCAAGGAAUACCACCAUUUUGCUGACGGCUGGCAAGACGUGGAGGCCAGGCUGAAGGAGAAGAUUUUCAAGUUGGAGGCUGACCGCAGGCAGAUGGAAGAGUCCGUCAACAACGCCGUGGAUCAAGAGCAGGACUUGCUGCUGGCCAAGAGAUCCCUGGAGAGUCGGCUGGAAGAGGCUCAGCGCAACCUCAAUAGACUCGCCCUCGAGCACCAGGACCUGAGUACCUCCUACCAGGAGGAGCUGAAGCAGAAGGAGACACUCAGGAGGGCCAAAAACGAUCUGGAAGAGGAGAAAAGGUUGCUGGAUAGAAGCAUCGUGAAGCUGAGCAAGGAGCUGAAGCAGAUGGCUGAAGAAUCUCACCAGGCCCUCUCGGACCUGCAGUCCCAGCUGGAGGAGUACAAGGAGAAGUCACGCAAGGAGAUCAGCGACUCCCAGAAACAGGCGAAGGACCGGAACAUGGAAGUGGAGAAGAUGCAGUAUGAGUUGGGGAGAUGCCAAGACGAGGUGCUGCGUCUCAAACAGGCCCUGCAGGACAGCCAGGCCGAGCGCGAGAACGCCCUCCUGGACAAGGAGCUCCUGGCCCAGCGACUCCGCAACCUGGAGCAGGAGAUGGAGACCAAGCGGCGAUCCCAGGACGACCGAUCCCGCCAGGUCAAAGCGUUGGAGGAUAAAUCCAAACGCUUAGAAGUGGAGCUGGAUGAGGAACGCAACGCGGUGGAGCUUUUGACCGAGAGGAUCAACCGAUCCAGAGAUCAGAUCGACCAACUGCGCGCCGAGUUGCUGCAGGAACGGUCUGCCCGCCAAGACCUGGAAUGCGACAAAGUUGCUUUGGAAAGACAGAACAAGGACCUCAAAAGCCGGCUGACCAGCAACGAAGGGCUGCAGAAGUCCAGCGCCAACGUCUCCCAGCUGGAGUCGCGGAUCCAAGAACUUCAGGAGAAGCUCCUGGUGGAAGAGAGGGAGAAAACCGUCUUGCUCUCUUCCAACCGGAAGCUGGAGAGGAAGAUGAAGGAGCUGAGCAUCCAGAUCGACGAAGAGAGGCAGCACGUCAACGACCAGAAGGACCAGCUGAGCUUGCGGGUCAAGGCGCUGAAGCGGCAGGUGGACGAGGCCGAAGAGGAGAUCGAGAGGCUGGAGGCGGCACGUAAGAAGGCCCUGAGGGAGCUGGAGGAGCAGCACGAGACCAACGAGCAGCUCCAGAGCCGGGUCAAAGCCCUGGAGAAGGACCUCUGGCGCAAGGCAGCGCGUUCAACGGCCGAGUCCUCUCUUCGGGAUGACCAGCUGAGUUCGGACGAAGAGUUCGACAGCGCUUACGGUCCAUCCUCCAUCGCGUCGCUAUUGACAGAAGGAAACCUCCAAACCAGCUCCUGUUAAGGCCCUCUCGGGGUUUGUUUGGAUGCUCUCUAAAGAUCCCCCAGGAACUUUGCAAAAGCCACGGUGGGGCGGAAUCUCCGCCCCACAGGGAGGAAAGGUUUCUUCCCCGAUGGGGGGGUCGGGUCACUGAAGCAACUAACUUCUUGAUUUAAAAAAAACAAAAUUGGAGGAAAGGUUUUUAUUUUUGGUCGCUACCGGAUGGAAAACCAGAGCUCCGGUCUGUAAAAGAAAAACUGAGUAUUAUUCAGGUUGUUGUUUUUUUCUUCUUUUUUUAAAAAUAAUCUGGUUCUCAGGGCAUUGAUGAGCGGUUAAAAUAACAAAGCCUCCUUUUAAAUAUGUAUAUUUUUGUACAUACGUCGGGUUGCAUGGAGAUGGCGACGGGCGUGCAAUUAUAUUGCAGAACAAUCCAGAAUGGUAGAAACGGGGCCUUGUUGCAUGGAAUUGAAACCAAAGGUAUUUUCUUCAUCCUGGCUUGUUCCAAGUCCCUCUUGGAAGAAAUAUUUGCGGUUUCCCCAACUGAAUCUUUUCCUGCGUUGGCUUGGCUUGUGUUCCCUCCCCUCCCCAGAAAACUCAACCAGGGGUGGCCUUCCAGAUGUCUCUGAACCCCAAACUCUCUUCAGACCGCUGGCUGGAGAUCUGGUGGCAGGCAGUUCCGCAGGAUCUGGAAGAUGGAUGCCCUUCUCCGAUUUUUCCUACUCGUUUUAAAGGAGUGCCUUUCCGACCUUCUUCCCCAGAAGAAAACAAAAGAUAAUUUUCAGUGGACAACUUGAGGUCGCAUAGACCUUCCUACUUAGAAAGCAUGUGAGCAGUUUUGGCACACACACACACACACACACACACACACACACACACACACACACCCACCCCAGGAAGGCUCUGGCCAAUUCCUGGUGUUUUCCUCCUGGUGUUAAACCAGCCAGAAUUGGGUCGAGGACGGUGGAGGGUUGCCAAAAACAGAGACGGUUGGUUCUCUGUCCACUUCACACUCAUAUCGGCCAGAAGAAGCAAAUUUAUGCAAAACAACAACAACAACAACAACAACCCACCGCAACCCAGAUUUAAUCUGCAGUGUGUACCUUUUUCUGUCUUUGGGGUAUGUAUUCCACAGACAAACACCCCUUGUUUUUAUGGUUUAGAAAAACAGUCAGGUUCAAGUAAUCUUCAUGAAGUCGCCAUCCUGGGCGCUCCUUUACAAGACGUCCGUCAACGGAAGAUUCCAGUUUACAACCAGGGCCCACAAAACACUAUCCGCAAUCUGAUACUUGGGAACCGAGAAGUCCCAUCGUCCCUUCCUCCAAGCCCAGAGGCUGAUGGGACUUGGAACCGACGUCCAGUGGGCACCUGGUUGCAGAAGACACAUUCCUCUAAAGACAGGAGCGCAGGCGGUCAUAUCUCCCUGGUUAGAAGUCACAACGCAACCCUGUUGUGAAAAUAUAACAACACCUGAACAGGGUCAAAACCACGUGUCCGAGAGAUGGAGGCAAAAAAAAACAGAAGGGAAAAAAUAAUAAUAAUCAUCCCCUUUUGCUACGAUUCUCUUCUUUAACUGGAGCCCCAAACCUGCCUUCCCAUAGCAUCUCUUUCGGAGUUGGGAUGCUAAAUUGGCCAUUUUUAAAAAUGACGCGGCUGCGGCAACGAAAUUUCCCUCCCGCUGUUUUUCCAGUUCCAGUCGUGUUUUCAGGGCAAAAGAGGCAACCCAUCAGCUUUGGCGCGUCGACAGCUCCUUGGCACCCUUGCGUGACCCGGCUUCCUGUUUGGUGAGCCGGGUUUUGAACCCGCCGGUGAGCUGGCAGAGAAGAACGCGGCUGGCUUGCAAAACCCUGCAGCGUUAACCCAAUUUAUUUUUUUUCCCAGGGGCUGCUGCUCCCUCGGUUUUUCUCUCUUGGGACCCACCUCAGGUUCCACCAAAAGUCACCUCUCCAGGCCUCGCCUGGCACCCAGUGCCUUACUGUCAGUGAGCAAAAGGAAACUUGUUUUAUUUCCGUGCUCGGAAACGCAACGCAGAUCUGUAUUUCGGCACCCAGCCGUGUGGGGGGAGGGAAUUCUGGGAGUCAAAGUCCCCAAAUCUUAAAAGUUGGCAAGGUUGGACAUCCCUGGACUUUUAAGGCAUGGCCGGCAAUCCCGCUUCUGCAAACCUCCACCAAUGAAUCUGGAUUCAAUUUGGAAAUCCCAAUCCCUAGGAAAUAUCGGCGUUUUCAUCAAGGCGUGGUUUUUUUCUUUUUCUUUCUUUUAACGAAGCUCAAAUUUCUCCACCACAAGCCCAACUCCAAAUGUUUCAUUUCCUAUUCGUAUUGUUAUUUUGUCAAACGCCAAUAGUUCACCAAGAGAGGGAAAAGACCCCUCCAAGCUUUGAGCAAAGACGGCGAGAUUUGCAACAGAGCCGUACAAUUUUAAAUAGCUGCUAAUGCAAUCCGGGCUGAAUUUUAAGAAUGGAUCAUUUUUUUGAUUUCCUUGGAACUAUAUAUAUUUUCCUGGUCUCGGAUGAAAAUCAAACCCCUUGUAUGUUGAUUUUUUUUCAAAUAAAAGAGCUAUAUUUAUCGA